AUGGAUUCGAUCAACUUUAGUGGUUUGCAGGCAUUAAUUGACCGAAAACAGAUCAAGCAAACUCCUCAGGUUCUGACAGCUGCCAAUGUCAGACAAACACCAAGUGGAUGGGUCUGUCCCAACCCGCAGAGUCCUCCAGACCAAGCAAACUCCUCAGGUUCUGACAGCUGCCAAUGUCGGACAAACCCCGAGUGGAUGGGUCUGUCCCAACCUGCAGAGCCCUUCAGUGGUUUGCAAGCAUUCAUCAACAGCAAACAGACCAAGCAAACUCCUCAGGUUCUGACAGCCGCCAAUGUUGGACAAACUCCGAGUGGAUGGGUCUGUCCCAACCUGCAGAGUCCUCCAGGCACCCAAUUUCUCGUUGCAGUUGUUAUGUAUGGUCCAGCUGGUGUUGUGCAGUUGGGGGACAAGAAUGUGCAGCUUGAAAACCAGGCACUGAAGGAAAGACUCUGCAUUGUGGAGGAACAGAAUAAGAUACUAUCAGCCAAUAAGGGUCGCUGCAAGAAGGAUGACGUGGUUUCUGAAGACAUUCUGGCCUUCAAAGCGGAACUCAAGGAGAUUGCAGUUCUGGCAGAAUUGUACAACAUGCUCCCUCAGCACCUGCAUCGCCUGGUGCCAAUGAAUCGGUUUUCGAAUGUGUUCUCCAAGGCAGUCUGUGCUGGCCAUGCCUCUGAGCUUAACAAGCUCAGGAGUGCUGCUGGGAACAUUGUCAACCGCAGCCGUAAAACGCUGUUUGGUAACUGGCAACUUAUUGCUAAGGACAUCACUCUCAAACGAAAGCAGAUUACAGGGUGUGCUUGGCCCAAUGCAGUUAAGUGGGGUGUCACAGAAGUAACACCUGGGGCUGUGGCUUGGGCUAUUGUUGCAAACAUCUUUCUAUUAUCACCCGACCAGGAAUUUCCCCAGGAAGGCAAAGGCAAGACCUCUCAAAUCAACUACAGCAUGGUCUUUGCAUUCUUCAAAGAACUGCUAAUCUGCAACUGGGAGAAGCCUCACCUAAAGACAAUCAUCAAGCAUAUCAACACCUUUGUUUUUGAACGCACUUCUCGCCCCUCUCAUGAUCUUAACAGUAAGUAG